AGAACACAGUGGGAAGCUUUGGUGUUUCUGAACAUCUGACACAUACAAUGGGCCUUUCAGGAUCCAGGCCCAAACCUGAAGCACAAAUCCUCCUCCUAGGGCUUGACGGAGCUGGAAAAUCAACACUUCUUUACAAACUCAAGUACAAUGAGGACUUCCACACGGUUCCUACAGUUGGAUUCAAUGUUGAAAUGAUUGAAGCGAAGAGGAACAGGGACAAAAUCACGCUGACCGUGUGGGACGUUGGAGGGCAGAUUAAGAUGCGAGCGCACUGGAGGAAUUUUUACCAAGACACGGCUGGAAUUGUGUUCGUCGUGGACUCUUCUGAAAUCAAGCGUCUAGACGAGGCCAAGAGCGUGCUGGAACAGACCUUAAAGAGUGAGCACCUCAGGGGACUCCCGGUGGUGGUUCUUGCCAACAAGCAAGAUAUUGUAGGAGCUGCAACGGUAACGGAGAUCACAGAGCAGUUUAACCUGCGAAAGAGCUGCAGUGACCGAGACUGGUUCAUUCAGCCGUGUUCGGCGCUGACUGGAGCGGGUCUGGUGGACGGCUUCAGACGAGUGGCACACCUGGUGAAAAUGACACCUGAGGACAAAAACAUCAAAGACUCUGUCAAGUACAUAAGAUCAAAAUCGGUUAUGUCACUAAAGAAAUAAUCCACAUGGUAACUCAUUCACCACUUUUAAUGGAAGGUUAAGGUUACUAAAUAUAGUUAGAUAGUUUAUAACGUGAACUGAAUGAAAAAUUAAGUGAAACCAUGCAAGAUACUGAAAGUUACCGGAGUUAUGAAUGGAUCAUUAAUUCAUUAAUAUAGUAACCAAGACUGUUUAGAAUGAUAACAAUCUUUCAUAUCUGUAAAGAAAUAAAUGCCCAUUUUAACAACAAAA